UUUGGUCAACGGCAGCCAAGGCGAGUCAGACAGUCGAUGCGUAUGGUUCGCCCGUGGCGCUCGUAACCAGCCAGCAGCAACCAGCCGCCUGAAUGUAGAUCCGCAUGGGCUACUACUAUUCCAUCUCUCCGAAUAACCCAGCGGAAUCAUAAGAUAAGGAUCCCAGGAUGGUGUUAGUGCAUGUCGGAUAUCUGGUUCUUCCCGUAUUCGGCUCAGUAAGAAACCGAGUAUGGAGGCUGGCUCUACAUUCUGCAUUUAUCAGAUCUUUGUCGUCCCCCCCAUUGUGUAGCUAAUGAUCAUCUGCUGCUGUGUGGUGUGGCGUGGCCUCUGCCUGUUCUCUGCAUUUAGCUGUAUUGUGAAUCCCUUCUUCAUUUCCUCUUUCCAUCAGAAGACGACAUUGGUAUUAAAAAAAGCACCCUCCCCCUUCCCAAGAUGUAUUCAGCCAUAGACUUUUCCAUGUCAAGCUAAAACAAUAGCUAACACCUAGACCAGAGCACCUUUUUUGUCUUUUUCUGUCAAUUGCUGUAGCAGUGAGUUAACAUUUUAGCUCUUUUUUUUUUUAGAUAUCAGUUGAAUGUCAUUGUGUACCUCCCAUCCAGUCGUGAUAGACAACAUGCUGUAAAUUCCUGUAAAGUGGAUACAUUUUGCAUGAUCUCAAACACUGCACUGCAUCAUUGAACACCAGAAUUCGGCUCAUCCGCCUCCUCUUCACACAAGGUGCAAUGUACGUGACUAAAAUGACCUAUGAUUGUUGAAAAAAACUAAACAAACAAAUAAGCAAGCAUGCACAUUGGAGCCACAUGCAUGGCAUUUUGUAUUGUUAAAGUCAGCAUUGCAGCAUACACUACCUGGCCAAAAAAAAGUCGCCACCUGGAUUUAACCUAGCAAAUAGGUAAGAGCCUCCUGUUGGGUAAUUACUGCAUGGGCAAUAAUCUUUCAGCUAGCUACAAGUUAUUUAACCCUAACAGGUGCAAUGAGUAGCUUCUUAUUUCUUAAACAACCAUGUCGAUAGACACAUCCCGUGGUGAAAAAUCUUUUUAGAUGGCGACUUUUUUUUGGCUAGGCAGUUUAUGUUGUAAUGUCAUCUGUUAAAGUGAACUGAAGGUACACUGCACCUGCACACAACAACCUGCCAUAACUGUCUUCAUUUUUGUGUAAUCCUUUUUGUUCCCUUUGCAAAUUUCAAGCUUUGAAUCACACUGAAUUGUCAGGGCCAUUUGCCGUUUAAUGGGCAAAUGAAACAAGUAAUCAAAACAUGCUCACUGGUGGUUCAUCACUUCCCUAUUUUUCCCCCACUAACAUAAGGCCAAAAUGCUAUCCAUUUCACAGGGAUGCCUAUUUUCCUGCACUGCUAAAAAGAUCCUCUAUUAGUAAUAACGUCUUUUAUUGUUUGGUUGUGGUCUCUCUUUACCUUUUGUUCUGGUAAUAGUACUUUUCAAUGCAUGGUCACAUUUAUGAUUCAUAAUUUUUUGUUUUUUUGUUUUUCUACAUUGACUAGUGAAAAAUCCAAUGUAAUCUUUCUGUAGUAAAGAUGUACCCUGCUGUACUGGAAUCAUGUGCUGUAGCCAACACGUCUGCUCAUUGGAUGCCGCUUUUGUUCUUUUUAACCCUAUAUGGAGCAUGGUGGGCCUUGCCUUCAGUCUAUGUUGUUUAUUUUUGUUGCAUGAAAUUAUACUAUGAUUACAAACAAAACAGGGAAAAAAAUACACAAAUUUCACAUAUACUAAUAUUUUUCAAUAAAGAAUAUAGUGUUUUUCCUAACCUUCAGUGUGCUUCUUGCUGAUUUCCAUUUAUUGUCCUCCCUCUCCCUUGUCCCUACCUGCCCCCUCUCCACCCCCCACCCACCUCCUCUCCUGCUGUGACAAAGAUAGACGAUUUCCACGCUUCCUCCAUCACAAGGCCUGAAUGAGUCUAUCUGCUGUCGUUCAUGGUGAACGUUUUCACUGAGAUGCUUGAAAACGCAGUGUGCUAUUUAAAGUCUAAACUUGAGCCUUUGACCCAUGGCAGCAAGGUCAUCUGUUGUCUGCCCGGCUACACUGACGACCUCUUAAGAUGAAAAUACUGCUGGAAAGCCAUACUGCUUAUCUUUCGUGGGUGUGUUAAAAAUCAUACUGCCUUUCUCAAGCGUACUCCCAGUAAAUGCAAUGUAGACUUUGCCACAUGAUUUUUUUUUUAACAAUUUCUGCUAUUUACACCAUAAUUCGUCAUGUAUUUUGCUCUGUCAAAGCAAAUCAAACUCAAGCCGUGCAGGAAUUUUGCAUCACCAGUAAGAACUGCACAACGUUAAUGUCUAAACUAGCAGAUUUCUCUUAAAUUCUCUUGUUCAUUUCCUGCCAAAUGGACAUAAUGAAACACAGAACUCACUGCUUCACUGCAGGCUUGCAAUGCCUUCCUUUAGCCCAGAUCUCCUCAAAGGUCUCUAAUCAAAGCUAAAUUUGUCACUGUAGUGUCUCAGUCCUACAAUCAAAAAGGUCUUUUCAGCCAAAGCACAGUAUUAAUACCAUAUUGCACCACAGCACAAGCUAGCCUGUCUUUCACUUAAUUCUUGUCAGCAGUCUGUUCUGCACAGUUGCCAAAUAGCUGUGGUUGGGGAGAGUAAAGCAUUCAAGCUAUUUCCUCUAAACUGAACGUUUAGACGGGAGGAAAAAACUUGUAGAGCUAUAGUGUAUAUGUAAGAGUUAGAUUAAGCACGUACACAAUCUAUGGCCACUUUAUUAGGUACACGCAACACUACUUUGAGAAGCACCUGGUGUGGUUUUCUACUGUAACACAUCUGCUUCAAUGUUUAACAUGCCCAGAGAUGGUCUUUUGCAUAUCUUGGUUAUAGCUGACCAUUCUCGUCUGACCUCUGGCACCAGGUUGAUAAUAAAUAAAUUAGUCCUUUAUCAGUCCUGCAGAGGAAAUUCUUUCUCGUUAUUUUCUCUUUUUCAGAGUAUUCUCUGUAAAACCUAGAAAUGGUUGUGUGUGAAAAUCCCAGUAGAUCAGCAGAUUCUGAAAAAGUCAGACAUGCUCAUUUGGCACCAACAACCAUGCUUCCUUCACCUUCUCCAUUCCAAUGCUUGAUUUUACCUUCAGCAGGGUGUCUUGACCAUGUUUACAAGCCCAAUUUUAUUCAUUUGCUGCCAUGUGGCUGGCUGACUAGAUAUUUUGUCACCAAGUGGUUCAAUAGGUGUACCUAAUAAAGUGGCCUGUGAGGGUAUUUAGUGAUAUUUAUUUAUUCUCCUUUCAUUUUGAAGGUUGAAGGAGUUGUAUAGACAGACUUGGCACCCAGACAGUAUAUCUUUAUCUCAGACAGCCUGGUACUUAGUGUUUACUUGCGUGAAUGCACUGACCUGCUGUCAGCUGCGGCGUUUACAACAACCCAGUUGUGUUGAAGACCAUACGCUCUGUGAAUCAGAAGACCGGGAGUCAAUCCAGAGUUCGGAAAAAGCAAUAAAAGAAAUGAAAGCUCAUGCUUUGUAUGCGGCACCGCAAAUGGUUGUCAUGUUCAUGGUACUUGUGGUAACCAUCAUUUUCCCACCCCCACAGAAGUAUUUUUCACCCUAGGUAAGAGGUAGGGCUUCAUUAACAUGCUAUAUCACUCACACACACACACACACACACACAGUGACAUCACAUUUCACCCACAAUUAAUUCCAACUACUCUCUCCCAACGAGUGCUUGACGACUUCUGCUUAUCCUCCACAGGAUCCCAUUUCAACCGGCAACAGCAGCAACAGCAGCAGCACAGCCAUGCUACCUCUUGCCGGCACUUCCAGUUAGGUCCUCAGGCCCCGCUGCCCAUGGACUUCCCCAUGCCCCACCCAGGGCAGCCACAGUCAGGCAUUAACCCCCACCUGGCGCCUCCCGGCCACCAGCAUGGCCCUCCGCUCCACCCAACCCUCAAUCCUAUACCUGCUCCCCAGUUCCAGGACAUCCCUGCCCCUCCCUUCCUACCUCAGGCAUUACACCAGCAAUACCUCCUCCAGCAGCAGAUCCUCGAGGCCCAGCACCGACACAUCCUGCCACCCUCCAGUAGACGCACCCCAGAGAGAGUUCCUCACCAGCCCCACAGAUUACGGCCUGGCUACGAGUUUGCUCCACCUCUCCAUGUCCCACCUCAGCCUGUGGUGCAACAGCCCCGCUACCUGGCUGAGGGUACAGACUGGGAUCUAAGUGUAGAUGCUGGACUACCCCCUCACCAGUAUCACAUCCAUCCACUGCCACAGCACUAUCAGCACUACUUGUCCUCUCCUAGGAUGCACCACUUCCCUCGAAACAAUGCCUCAACACAAGUGGUUGUCCAUGAGAUCAGAAACUACCCAUACCCCCAGCUGCAUUUGCUAGCUCUGCAGAGUCUCAACCCCUCCCGCCACGCGUCUGCUGUGAGAGAGAGCUACGAGGAGCUUCUGCAGCUUGAGGACAGACUAGGCAGCGUCAAUCGAGGAGCGGUACAAACUACUAUAGAGAGAUUCACUUUCCCACAUAAGUACAAAAAGAGAAUACCCCAGGACCUGAAGAUGUGUCUUGAUGAUGAGGAGCUGGACACAGAUGAGAAGUGCACCAUCUGUCUGUCAAUGCUGGAGGAUGGAGAGGAUGUCAGGAGAUUACCCUGCAUGCACCUCUUCCACCAGGCGUGUGUGGACCAGUGGCUGGGCACCAGCAGGAAAUGCCCCAUCUGCAGAGUGGACAUUGAGACUCAACUGACCCCCGACAGUUGAUAGCUCCUGUCAUUUCCUGCAGCUUUGGAUCUGGGUCUUGUUAUAAUUCUCUAUUGCCUCCCAUCUGGGUGGGCAAGCUCUGCCAAACAUCCCUCUUCCCUCCUCCACAUCACUCAAAGAGCCUGCCUUCUGAGACAGCUGUGACAGAGGGAUCAACCAAGCACACUCACCUACAACACAGCGAGGGACGCGGGGGGGCA